AUGAAGUUACGUGACGAAGUGUAUAAGAAAAUAUCUACUAAUCCCAAACUCACAAAACUUCAGAAUGGCGAGGGUGCAUACCUUUGGUUCAUUAACGAGACCAAGAUAGAUAAAGAGAAUUAUCUCAAUCUAAAGUCAUUAGAAAAUUGGAACCCGGACGAUGACAAGCUUACUGCUGUCACUUCUAACAAUGCUGGUUCCGAGGAUUUCGCGGCAACUUCUAAUCGAAAAAAGAGUGAUGGUCAUGGAAAAAGACUUGAUGAUGUGGAAACAGUUGAUGAGAUCAAAGAUGUACAAGGAGAUUACAAAGGAUUCGACUAUUACAAAAAAUCAAAGGAUGCCCGGUGGCGGGGGGAGCACGAGUUCAAAGAAUUCUGGUAA